ACAAUCUAACGUCAAAUUCUUAGUAAAAAAAUUCUCAGUACACAAUUUUAUUUAAUAAAAUCUUAAAAUAUCUCCAAGAAAAAAAAUCAAUAAUUCAUAAUGGCAAGAACAAAAGGAAAGAGUAAAAAAGUAGACAAAAAACCAACAAAAACAAAACCCAUGAAAAUAGCUGCGUUGAUAAUAUCGGCGAUCCAAGAGCUCAAAGAGACAAAAGGAUCAACUCCUAGUAAGAUCACGGGAUACAUAAGUUACAAUUCCAAUCUUCCGGAGACUCGGGUCAAACGUCAAGUCAAUUCAGUUCUAAAACGUGGCGUGGAGUACGGAAUCCUACGACGGUAUCGCGGACAGUAUUUUCUCCCAGCUGGAGACGAAAUGGACCGAGCCAACAAAAUAGCCGAAAGAUUUGCCAGAUUGCCGACUCCGGUUCCUUCGAAUCUCGACCAGGCUCAAAAAAAGGGAGAAAAUUUCGUACGAGGAGCAACUGCUGAAUCCUUCGGAGACACUAGAAGAAUAAAAUCAUACAGGCCUGAUCCAAUCACUGACCAAAGACGCGUCCAAUCACUUCCAGCAUCCCCUACAAUGAGUAUGUCCGAAAUCAGUUGGGGUCACGGUGACUACGCGAUGCACGGAAGUGAUUUCGAGUAAAAAAAAAUUGUAGUUGACUAAAAAAUUUUUAACAUGCGCAAAUAAAUCAAUCAUUGGUCGUUAAUUGAUGAGUUUUUUAGUAAAUAAUGAGAAAAGUUUCUUCCAGCGGAUUCAGUUGAUUCGAGAGCACGAACUAGACACCGAGUUAAUUUAAUUUCAGUUGAUGUAUUGGUGUUAAUCAAUAACGAAUCGAGUGGAUGGCAGCAAAACUAAUGGAGUGAAGACGCAAAAAUUUAUACGGAUUCAAUUACACGCUGUAAUUAGUUUAUUUUUAUCAGAAAGUUAUUCUUUUGGUUUUAGUUAUUUUUCACGGGUCGCUGCUCUCGCCCGUUUUUUUACAGA